AUGGAGAGCACCUUGCCGUUAACUGCUGUUCACAAGGCGCACCGCCUCGAUUGGUCUAAAACUAUGGUCGUCAUGCCGCAAGAGGGCUGGCAGCGCAUCAUUUUUUCGGACGAAAAAAAAUUCAACUUAGAUGGGCCUGACGGACUCCGCAACUACUGGAGAGACAUCCGACGUGAUCCGAGGACUACCGUUAGACGGCAGAACGGUGGUGGAUCUGUUAUGGUUUGGGGAGCAUUCAGUUUCAAGGUACAAAGUGUGGGUGGCCGGAUUAAUUUGGCCAGGAGUGUAACCGCUCUCCAACACCAAAACGAACCUCCGACCUGUAGUGCUGUCAUCAAGACGAUCGACCAUGACCAAGUCCAGACCUUCAGUCAGCCGGAACCAGCCAGCAACUCGGAGAAAACUGCCGUCAAGUUCAAGCCACUGCUGCAUAUCUCGGACGGAUGUCAUCCGUACGCUGCUGUGGGGAAUGAGUAA